AAGGCAGUUUCAUCAAAAUGUCCAACUUGAACGUACCCCUAGCAUCGUGAAUUAAAAUUCUUAAACUUCAUCUUGUUUUCUUUUUGUUUUAAAGACAAGUCCAAAGAGAAUGUUGCCCGUGUAAAAUUGCCUAAGGUAGCGUAAUAUAUUGCAGCCGGCUUUAUUAUGUCUUUCGGAUUCUCCGUAGGCGACAUCCUGGCGGGCGCGCAGCUAGCGUACACGCUUUGCAAAUCUUUAUCGGAGAUUCAAGGAGCUUCCAACGACUAUCAAGAACUUAUUGCACAGCUUAACGUUGUCCAUAAGGUUCUCGUUCAUGUUGAUGAACUCCGAGCCGCGAACCAACUUCCGCCAGCAACCGUUAAUGCUCUUCUAUUCACGAUCAAUACCACAAAUGAGGCUAUAGACACAUUUCUAACUCAAUAUGAAACUUACGAAGAGAGUCUACGGCGAGGUGGUUCGGGAAACAUGGUUAUAGAUGUUUAUAAGAAGGGGAAGUGGGCUACUCAAAUGCCUGACAAGGUACGAGAUCUGAAAGGAACACUGUCUACGAUGCUGGCGGCUACCAACUGUCUUGUCUCUCUGGCAUGUUACUAUAAUACUAGCUAUCAUGACAAAUAUGCAUCUGAUAUAUAUACGAAUUGUGAAGAAUCCCAAGAAUACUAUGGCGAUGCCAGGCCUAUCAAACUUGCAGGUAGAAUAUACGGUAAUAAUUUCGAUUACCCAGUCUCGUGUCCCGGAUUCGAUGAACACCGACCCCAGUUUUUCCGUCCCGGCCAGAUAUUUGCGGCGCAGAUCACCUCGAAUUGGCUGUUAGAGCCAAAAGAACGAGAGUUUGAAAAGGUUGAUUUCGGAAACCUCCCACUUGAGCCAACUUCGCUACUUGAGGAGAAGGCCGCAGCGGAAAGGCUCGAGAACAGGGCUAGACGGCUCGAUCAAAUCCGGAAUCUCCCCUUGGAGAAAAUGGUCCGGUAUUGUGAAGAUGUACCAGGCGACUCUACUCAGGUCAAGUGCCUGCUUUGCGAGCGUGAGCUCAUGGAUCAAAACACCAAAAAAGAGCCUCCGACUUUCGCGAAGGACCUUUGGGCUAGUAGUCACUUCCGCUACGACCAUUGGAAAAAUUACUUCCCAAUGCUACCUCCCGACGCUUCCCUGUCGCUGCGGUGGGAUAGGAAGAAAGAAUUAGAACCCUCUAGUGACCUUGCCCCCCAUAUUUUGUCCUCGGACUUCUCGGCGGAGACAUGGAUCGAUUUGACGCACGUAACGGAUGACAGACCGAUCUAUACGGAUAAUGAAAUAAUCGGACGCAUCAAUAAGUCAACCCGUCACAAGGUCCACCCCCUUAUGGGCCCAAUCCUCAUUCGACGGUUUGUAGUUGUCCGCCAAGGGCUAGACGAUUGUCUAUGUCUUGGAAUCCAUACAUACUCUCGCCGGGGUUGUGGAGAUCAGCCAGACCAAGAGCUGUUCGGCAUCCUUCAUUCAAGUAAUAAGCCACCACCGCCCAUGCCUAACGAGACAAAAAUGGUCCUCUCACCUGUACGAAUGAAAUCCGACCAUCCGUCGACUGCUCUCUCGCGUACCGCAAGGAUACACUACGGCCGCGCGUACCGGAUAUCUCACAAGUUAUGGGUCCAAUCUAUCGGGCUUAUUAAAGAUGCCUCCAUGGAGGUGCUACUUGACCAAUUUGAGGCAAACGUGUACAGAAAAACAGACGACACAACUAGAUUAAUCCCUACCGACGCUCUUGAGCCACAAGCAGAAGCUGCUGAUAUAAACAUAGCCCAGGCAAUCCGAGAGAACGUCGUUAGCGUACUGGGACCCGAUAUAGCUCCGGAGAUGUACCAGCCGUUGAAUACGGGGGAUGCGAGACUUAAGAAGACUUCACACGCUAGCAUUAUGGGCAGGUUGCUAAAGAAGAAAUGGUAGCGGUUAUUAUUUACUUAUUAACAGGUUGUGUCCAUAUCAUCAAGUUGGGACUGGUCAGCCCACUCACUCCAUUUUCCCACCAGUAUUGUAGCUUAGCCGACGUACAGCAUGUU